AUGGGCGGCCCGCGGGCCUGGGCGCUGCUCUGCCUCGGGCUCCUGCUCCCGGGAGGCAGCGCCGCGUGGAGCGUCGGGGGAGCCCCGUUCUCCAGACGCAGGAACUGGUGCUCCUACGUGGUGACCCGGACCAUCUCGUGCCAUGUGCAAAAUGGCACCUACCUUCAGCGAGUGUUGCAGAAUUGCCCCUGGCCCAUGAGCUGCCCGGGGAGCAGCUAUAGAACCGUGGUGAGACCCUCGUACAAGGUGAUGUACAAGACGGUGACCGCGCGUGAGUGGAGAUGCUGCCCCGGGCACUCGGGGGUAAACUGCGAGGAAGUUGCAGGCUCCUCUGGCUUCGUGGAGCCCAGGUGGUCGGGCAACACCAUGCGACGGAUGGCGCUUCGGCCCACAGCCUUCUCAGGUUGCCUCAACUGCAGCAAAGUGUCAGAGCUGACGGAGCGGCUGAAGGCGCUGGAGGCCAAGGUGGCCGUGCUCACUGUCACUGAGCGGGCAGUGCUCCCAACCCCAGUUGCCCCUGGGGACCUCGUCCCACUCUGGGGCUCCCCAGCAGCCCAGGGCAGCCCUGGGGAUGGAGGCCUCCGAGGGCUACCCGGAGCCAGAGAGAACAUGAGGGCCCCACUGCUCCCUCGAGAUGAUCGAGUUGGCACCCAGGGGCUUCCUGGGCCCACCGGUCCCAAGGGAGACACUGGCAGCCGAGGCCCAAUGGGGAUGAGAGGCCCACCAGGUCCUCAGGGCCCCCCAGGAAACCCUGGCCAGGCCGGAGCUAUGGGCACCCCUGGAGAGAGGGGACCUCCAGGCCCACCAGGGCCUCCUGGGCCUCCUGGGCCCCCAGCCCCUGUCGGACCACCCCACACCUGGAACCCCCAGUAUGGGGACCCCUUACUGUCCAACACCUUCACUGAGACUAGCAGCCACUGGCCCCAGGGACCAUCUGGACUCCCAGGCCCCCCAGGGCCCAUGGGUCCCCCUGGACUUCCUGGUCCCAUGGGCAUCCCUGGGAGUCCUGGACACAUGGGACCCCCAGGCCCCAUUGGACCCAAAGGAAUCUCCGGCCACCCAGGAGAGAAGGGAGAGAGAGGACUGCGUGGGGAGCCUGGCCCCCAAGGCUCCACGGGGCAGCGGGGAGAACCUGGCCCCAAAGGAGACCCUGGGGAGAAGAGCCACUGGAACCAGAGGGGUCGGGGGCAGGCCCUGCCAGCACAGGCACCCCCAGCCUCCUGCGGGGCAAGAGGGGAGGACUCGCAGCCAACUACCGGAUCGUGGCCCCCAGGAGCCGCAACGAGAGAGGCUGAGGGCGGGGGCGGCCCUAGGGGCAGACCAGGCCAGGCUUCCCUUCCCAGCCUGGACUUGGCCAACUGCCUCCAGGGACCGCCCAGCCAUAUUUAUUCACGUCCUCAGGGUCCCUUCUGCCACCUAGGCCUUCGGGAUGGCCAAGUCUUGGUCCCAACUCCCUGGCUCCCUGUGCAAGCCUAAUAUGAAGCUGAGAAAGGACAGGGGCCUGAGAGAGAGGGGUAGCCCAGGCAAGAGGGGAGGCCUCACUCAGGGCCCUGGGCCUCUGUCCCCCUCCGGGAAGUAGGACAGGAAGAGGUGGCUGGUUCGAGGCUUCUGUCUUCUCAUCAGCUGCCCAGGCAUCUGGGCCUGGAGGGGCUGAAGGGAGCUGGGAACUAGAGUUCUCCUGGGCCCUUGGUACACACAGGGCUUGUCACCCCCUCCUCCCCAGCCAAACCUCGGGGAGCCCACCGCACCCCUCCUCUCCUUGAUUUCUGGUGCUGGGUCCCCACCCUGAGCUCAGCUGGCAGGAUGCUGGGGGAUUCCUUGUAUAGGCCCUGCCCCAUGAGCCCCCAGCCCCUCCCAUGUCCCAGGUGGGGGUUGGUUGAGGCAUGGAGAGGGAGGGGGCCCCCUGGAGGUAGAGGGGUCCAGCCAAUAAAGGCCCCCAGUCUGAU